AUGGCCCAAGCAGAAGCAGAAGCAGAGACAGAGGCAUCUUGUGUCGUAGACCGUCAUGACGAGCAGCGCGACAAGAUGGCACCCUCAAUCCGUCUGCUGGCUGAGCGGCUUGCCAAUGCCAAUACAAGCCGCUUCUACACUUCCGCCCAAUGGACAGCCGAUGGCACCUCCAUCCUCGCCUUAUCGUCUGACCAAACCGUGGCGUCCUUCAUUCUUCCCGCAGACCUCCUGCAGCCUGCAGGAGAACCUCGCCAUCUGGCCCGUCAAGCCAGCAUCAAGCUCCCAGAACCCACCCAGACCCUCGCCAGUGCGCCCUACUUCUCCCUGGCUAACCCAGCUUCUCAGACCUUCUUGGUGGGAUGCCGAGAUCACCCCCUACACCUGUACCACGCGUUCCCUCAGCCUGAUGACGAUGACAAUGAUGCUGAUGCCGCUGAGGAUGUCGCAAGUCGGCCCCUCUACACCUAUAAGCUCAUCCGCAUGGAGUCUGAGCAGUACAUUUCCCCCGCUUCUCUGCUGUGGGAAUAUCCCGGGACACACUUCAUUUGUGGCUCGGCGAACCGCAUCGAUCUCUUCGACGCAUCUGGCCACUGCUCAGAUGGUCCAGCCUUGACCAUCCCGACGAUUCCAUCCCGGCGACACAUCUCCAAGGGUAGCGGCGUUGGCAUGAAAGGCACCGUGGCCGCCCUGGCAGCAUCACCUCCCUCCGAUGCCAGCGGCCACGGGUCCAUCCUGGCGGCCGGCACCUGGACCCGCUGGAUGGGGACGUACGAUAUCCACCGCACUGAUAGGGUUGUUGCGAACUGGUCGAUCGCUGAUGCGGAUGAAAAGUCGUUUCACAUCAGCCUGGGAGGCCAGGGAAUCGUGCAGACAGCGUGGAGCCCCUGCGGGCGGUAUCUUGCCGUGAAUGAGCGCCAGGCGGAUGGGCUGCUGGUCUACGACAUUCGUGGCACUGGACAGCUCUUGGCGGUGCUGAAUGGCCGCAGGGCUACCACCCAACAGCGGCUGCAUUUUGAUGUUUUCCAGGGAGAGGCUGGAUUCGAAGUUUGGGCUGGGACACAGGACGGCUCGGUAGCUGUGUGGGAAGAAGUUGGUAUGAGAAACGACGUUGUAGAGCCUACUUGGACGUGGAAAGCCCACGAAUCUCCUGUAGGAAGCACGAUUGUGCACUCUAGCGGCUCUGUUGCAGCAACCUGCUCUGGGGGCUGGGGGUAUCCGCGAGAGGGCAGAGGAGCAGAUGCUGCUAGCGAUGAAGAAUCUCAUCAUAGACAAGUCUUUGACGAAUCGUCACUGAGAGUUUGGUCCAUUGGCGGGCCAGACCCAGGAGCUUAG